CUCUUAUUCUAGAAAGCGUCUCGUCCGCCGAUAAGAUAGAAGAGCUCACUCAGUUCUUUCCUCUCGUGGAGGGCACGGCCUUCGCGUUCUUUUGACCCGAAUAGGGCCCGACCACCAUAACAUGGACUCCAACGGCCUCACUCGCUUCCGCCACCGCCAAUCUCCAUCCUCCGAGCGCUUUCUUGGCGCCUUCACACACGCGCCGCCUUCUGAAUAUCCCUCCACCUCCAAUACAAUCAGCCACGACUUCAACGAGCUCAGCGAGGACGACAUAUUCUUCAGCCCGGACUUCUCGGUCUCCUCCCACGCCGAGCAUCGUAACCACCGUACCCCUGUCUCUUCGCCUUCCCCUUUCCGCCGCCACCAUAGCAAGAACUUUCCCCAGCCUGAAUCUUUCGGUAUUCUUGCUGCCCUAGCGGAACAUGAACCGUCCCUGAAGCUCAAGACCUUCCAAAAAGCCUCCAUUUCCUCCUCUGUCUCUGCCUCCGCCUCUACCUCCACCUCCGUUUCCUCCUCCUCGACCUCCUCCUCGCGUUUUAUUCCUUCCAUCCCUAGACCGCCUCAGGACCGCCUUCCUGUCCUCUCUUCUUCGGCGAAAUUCCACCAACACCUGUCAGCCCCGUCGAGCGUGCCGGUGCUUGCUCAGGUGAUGAGGAAGCAGAAGGAAUUUGAUGAUAUUGACGAUGUGGAAGAGGAGGAGGAAGGAGAAAUGCUGCCGCCACACGAAAUUGUAGCGAUGGGGUCUGCGCGGUCGCCAUUGCUGGCCUGCUCUGUGCUAGAAGGAGCUGGGAGGACAUUGAAAGGAAGAGAUCUCAGGCAGGUAAGAAAUGCAAUAUGGCGGCAAACGGGUUUUCUUGAUUGAAUGUGGGGGGUUUUUGUGCUUUUAAUUCUUUUGUUAUUUCAUCUCUUCUUGAUGUUGUUGACUAUGUAUGACAUUGUUGAAAUAUCAAGCUCUUUAUCUUUGAUGACCAAAUUGUGCAUAUGCUGAUUGAAACGAGCCAAUUCUCUUUUAUGUGA